AUUGACCUUUUUCCAUUAUUUUUUAAUAUCCAUAAAAACAUUAGCUACUAAAGUUGCAGUUUGUGCCUUGGAAUGAGCAAAAACCAAAUUUCAAAACCAUACGUCUCCUCCUCCAAGAACCCUGAGCAUCAUCCUCUUGUUUGUUUGGGUGAAAGAAUAGAGAGUGGUGUUAAUCAGUAUGGGAAGUCAAUCUGAUUCUCCUCCAGAUUCCGUUGUUGAAAAGCCCCAGAACCCAGUUUCACAGGUUACACAAGCAGCUGUUGACGAUCAUCAAAAUGCCAAGGCAGAGGCUGCAAAGGAGAGUUCUCCACCUUCUGUAUUUGUGAACUCAGAACCAAUUCGAGAGGAUCAAGUGCAAAAUGCUGUAAAGUUUCUUUCGCAUCCUAAAGUUAGGGGAUCUCCAGUAAUUUAUAGGAGAUCAUUUCUUGAAAGGAAGGGACUUACGAAAGAGGAGAUAGAUGAAGCCUUCCGUCGUGUUCCAGAUCCUACCCCAUCUGUUACAGCCUCAGAGUCGGUUGUCCCUAAUCAAGCAGAUGGGCAACUAAAAUCUUCAUCAAAUAUUCAAUCACAAUCCCCGACACAAACUCUGAGGCCUGGACCAGUUUCACCUGCAGGAAGCAUUUCAAAAAUGGGAACUUUCUCUCGAUUCCACUGGUCUCAUGCUCUUCUUGCUGUAGGGUUCCUAGCUGUUUCAGGAGCUGGAACAGCAGUGCUUUUCAAGAAUUCAAUCAUCCCAAGGUUGAAAGCUUGGGUACGCAAAGUUGUAUUGGAAGAAGAAGAAGGAGAAGAGGUUUUGCUUAAGGAAAACAACUCAAAAACAAGUUUGGCAGAAGAAGCUGCUGCUGCUGCAAAAGCUGCAGCUGCCGCAGCUUCUGAUGUAGCCCGUACAAGCCAGGAGAUGUUGAUGUCAAAAACUGAAGAGAAGAGAUGCUUUGAGGAGCUAAUCAAUAUGCUAAAUGCACAAGUUCGUGAGAUGAAGUCAAUGAGUAAUGCCAUACAGAAAUUGGAAGGGCAAAGUAAUAUCCACGGAAGAAUUCCUGUUGAAGGAGAUGAUUACAGGAUCUCACAGAGGAGUUUGAGGGUGCCUUAUGCCAAUGGCAAGAUAAAUGAUUAUCCACAAUCAGAGAUUAUGCCUAUGAUUCAAAGAGGGGAGAAGCCAUCCAACAUCACAGAGAUCAAUUAUGCACCUCCAAAUCCUAAUCAACCAGUACCAAAUCCUCGCUUAGUACCAACGGCUAAGCCUUGGGAGGUUGGUCAAGCUCGGAACAGCUCCAGCAAUGUUCUUCAGUCACAAGGGAGCAAUGAUGUACUAUAUCACGAGUCCCAAGAUAAUCAGUCUAUUGCAGAAAAUACAGUGCCUUGGUGGGAACGGAAAAAUGCGCGAAUCACUGAAAUUGAAGCUGUUGAUGAACACAGAUUUGGAUCUUCCAAUGUAGUUAGUAAUGGGCGACCAGUUCCACGGUCGUGGGUUCCUCCCCAGCCACCACCUGUUGCUAUGCAAGAAGCAGCUGCAGCCAUUCGUCAGCCAAAAAAGACAUUCUCUUCGUCAGAACAAUUGACUGAUAACCAAUUGCUUGCUCGUUCUUCAGACGUGCCAGAUGAGCUGCAGAGCAUCACAAGAAUCUCUGAAUCAGGCGGCAUAGUGGAAGCCAAUGGAGGAAGUUUGGGGCUUAACUCAAGUGAGAUACAAAGAGAAGAGGACAACUCGUAUUUUGAAACAUGAUUAACCAAGGAGCCGAGGACUCUAUUUUAUGCUGAUUUGAAUACGGCACUUGAUUGCGAAUCACGACAAUAAUCGUACAGAACUGGAAGAAAAUGAUAUGUCAGCAUGUACAUUUGAACUUGUUUUGUUGGGCAAGAUCAAGUAGUACACUAUUAAGGUGAUCUACGGUGAUUUGAGAUUAUAUAUUAUGGUAAAACAAGUUUAUUAUAUAACCCGUCUCUUAUCUUGAAUCUUUGUUUUU